GAACGCCGCUUUAGAGGAAGUGGUCAAACGUCUUUCCGAACAGUCUCGUGAACAGGAGAAAAAGAUUGGUACAUUGAAAUUCUGAUAAAAGAGAGGACAUACGGACGUGAGUUGCAAGAUCUGACGGAACAGCUGACCUGUAAGCAACGUGACACGAUCCAGGAAAAUUUGGACCUGAUUCGUGUACAGCGUGAACUACACGAAAAGAAACAGAAAAUCCUAGCCAUGGAGUCUCAGCUACGAGGAUCCGAGAAAGAACUCGAGGUAACCAAAGCGGCAAAUCGCCAACUGUUGUUGGAAGUUGAACGACACGCCCGAGAGGUUGUCGAACUGGAACGGAAGAAUUACGAGUUAAAGUCGGAGACUGGUGCCAUUUCAAACCAACAGUUGAAAAUCCAACAGCUACAAAUUAGUCUUGAAGAUAUUGGACGCGAAAAUGCUGUGUUGAAAGAAGCCAAUGAAAGAUUGUUGAAAAGCAUGUAUACAGGUGAACAGGAACAAAAACAGAAGAGACAAGAACAAGAUCUGAGUGCAAAACUAAUCCAGUUGCAGUCAAAGUUACAGCGGCUUUCGCAGCCGAACUACAGCAAGGCAACUGUUGAUGCACACACACAAACGGAGCUGAGGACGGUUGGUAAAUUAGACCAAGCCAACGGGGAAUCAUCCACUCUGGGGGUACAGGUCAGCCAGGCAAACUUGAAUAUUGUCACCAAGGCCACCGGAUUUACACAAAAGGAACUGGAUGAAGCAGUUAUGCUCUUACGCGAACAAAAGAUGCAAAGUACCAAAGAAGAGGUCGAACGAGGAUUCAGUUCCUAUCAAACCAAAGACCAAGGAGCCAAUGGUACAUUGCAAGCUUGUCAUCCGGUCAACAGCCAGUCUACCGAGCUGUUCUAUCACCAUUUCUGGACAGAUGUCUUAACCGACUGGAUCCAUCGUACGACAAAACUUACCAUUAUUUUCAUAAAGGAAACUGCUCACAAGGUUACUGAAAACUCUUCGACAGCCCACGACCGGUUUCGCCCUUCCAGUUCGGGCUCAUCAGUCCUCACCAUUAUCUUUCCAUCUAACCUGCUUCAAGAUGCAGUCCGGCGGCUGAAGGAGGCUGAGCUGGCACACGCAGAAACCAUCGCAGAGUUGGAGAAAACCAGGAAGUUGUUGGGCGUUCAACACAAGAUCAAUCGAAACUUACAAGCUCAGUUGAUGAACCUAAGUGAACGUCUAGAUCAGGCGAAACAAGAUUCGUUGAAACAUUUGGAGGACAAUGCAAAGCUACUUGAUAUUCGAGCGGCCCUGGUUCGCAAACUGGACGCGCUGGUGCAUGAGAAGGUGCGUGGGACGGAAGAUUCGACGGAGGAAAUUCACGGAGAGACGGUCAAACAAGUCACUGAGAUCAAAGGCGUCCCGCAAAAUUCGGAUGAAAAUAUAAUUGAAAUUGCCUACAUCGAUCGUCCAAAUGUCUUUCUACACAUUUUUACUUGUCAGAUUCACAUAGGACAGCUACAGUUGUAUCCUUCCGUAGUCAAGAAGCUGCACGAUCUAAAAACCGUGUGGAUGAAUGGUUCCAGACAAGUCAAACUGUUCCUUACUUGGGACUUUUAUGAGUUUGAUACACAUACGACGGCGGUUUUAACGGGUCCAGAGGUGGACUUUGAUCUGACCGUGGAGUAUCCCGUUCAUAUGAGCCAUUCGUUGUUGGAAUACCUGGACAAGAAUGAAUGUGUCAUAGAACUUCAUCAAGCAGUCGGCAAGAAAUUUCGCACUCUGGCCACCGGCCGUCUGGAUCUGGCCUCGAUUUUGAGAACGCAAAGUGUGAACGAGUCCUUGACUGAGAUCGGAGAAACCGCCCAGUGGUACAACGCACAAAUCGAUCUAGUGGGCACGGUAAGCAGUGGUCCACUGCCCAACCCGGCAGAUCUUGUGGGGACUUUGAUUGGUCACCUCAACUACGGAAUCCGGCUACGUGUACCCAUGCCAAAACUGAUAAGUGUGUACCGAGAACAUCGCACAAGUCUGAUGUCACCAGUUCGCACCAGCCAACUGUUGCCCGCCGAGGACCGGCAGAAACCUCCAGUGGAAAAUGAGACCAACCAAAUCGAUAUCACCAUUAAAGUUGUUACGGGACUAAAGUCCCGUGAACCUGGCCGCCUUCCAUCUCCGUAUUUUGUCUUCCAGUUCUAUGAUCAGCCGGAAUAUGUCUCUCGUGUGUUGGAUCGUACCGGUACGGCCAGAUUCGAUGAGAGGGCUAGUUUCCUGGUGAAACAAACCCGUCAGCUGUCAGAAUAUUUGCGCUCGCAAUCCUUACGAAUCUUCGUUCUGGAUCGCGGAGACCCAGAUGCAAACGCCAGCUGUCUCGGAUUUGCCACAAUUCCUCUUCUUGGUCUUGUGCAUAAAAAGCAGAUUGUUCAAGGAGCUUUUGAACUACAACCACUCAACCGAGCGAAUACUGGUAAAGGGACAAAACCGUCCGGGAAGAUACAUUUGAAACUGUCCUGGGCACGACGUUUCAAACUGACAGAUGACGAGGAACGAUUGAAUCGGGAGAAGGCAAAUGAGGUUGUUGAGAAAGAAGAACCAUUGUGUGGGGCAUUGGUUCCAAAACUUGAAGCCAUUCUAGAAGGGUCAAGGACAGAAGACCCGUCCACGGCAAGCAACGUGGACGAAAGGCACACCGAAUUGCGUGAAACUAAGAUCUCCAGGUUAUCUCGAUUGGAUGAGGUGGCCGAUAUCUUUGUUCGACUUGCUGAUGAAGACAUCGAGCCAACAGAAACAGUGCCGAAUGCGGGAGAGAGUGGUGGAGUUUCCGAAGUCCUCACUACGUCUGAGGAUCGAUCGGCGGGUCAGCCGACUCAAGUCGGUCACCUGAAGUCUAGUCCGGGUGAUACAUCUCCUCGUCACUCCCAAAUUUUGGCUGAAGUAGAAGAUAUCUUCAGGCAACUUGCCAGUGAUGACAUCCAACUUCCGCCGGAAAAACCAGAAGUGGAGCGCGAGUCUGAACGAGCAGUCGGACGCAAAGGCUCUUCAAAAGAAGGAGACAGCCAUGCGACAAAAACAUCUGAUCAGCCGUCAAAAGGUUCGAACGGUCUGGGUGAAAUGGAUGUCUCGAUCGAAGAAUCUUCCACAAAAGACAAGGAACCUGCCUCAGAAUUUGCAGCAGUUAAGACAGAUACUCCAAAACCUGUUCCUCGACAUCGCUCGACCGCGCGGGCAAAUGUUCUCCCAACCACAAGUGAAGGCGACCUGUCAGAACUAAGUCAGAUCUCGUCAAUCCCCACCGAGGACGUGCAAGCAACAACAGCUCUUUCGGACGUAGAGACGGAUGAAGUCGAAAUUCAAAUUCAUCACCUGGACUUGGACCAGGGGAUCAUCAAAGAGACUUGGCAACGUGUAUGUGUGAAUUAUGAGUUUCUAGAUGACACAGAGUCCACGGAAACCACCUUGCUUCCAAAGGGAGUAAUCAGUGAGGACGGAAAACAACAAUGGACGGCAACCUUUGACUAUUCAAAAGACUAUCGAACCAUGCUCUACAUCUGUACACGUUGUCGACCACUCACAUACUAUAGGCUUUCUGUGCUCUCAACCUGUUUCCUCAGUUCUCAUCAGUCCAUCGCUCGUCUAUUCGUUUCUUGUCAAGCUUUCCCGGUUGAUGCUGAUAAUCAUCCAGAGCAAAGAAAACGCUUGAGACGCCUGAUUCUGCCGGAAAGUACCGAAAACCACGAGGUCAAAUUCAACAUCGUGGCUAAGUCAGCCGGCUCGGACACCACGUCUAUCGGAUCGAGUGUUUUGAAUUUACGUUCGAUCCUCACAGCCGGUGAAGACAUGAAACAAGCAUUUUUACCGGUGCACUCAAAACCUACACAAGGAGAAGAUGAGCAAGGAACAAAGAAAGUCGGUCUGCUGUGUGUGUCAACGCAAUGCCUAACCACAUUGCGUGCGAUUGUGAACGAACUUCCAGGUGUUGACUUGGAACUUUGA